AUCUUGUAUUCUCAUUCAGUAUUGCAAUGUCUCGUGUCCAGUCACGUGACCUGCCGCGGCUGUGUGUCAGCUGAUGAGAAAGCGGAAGUGGAGGAGCGAGAACCCGGGAGUAAAAUAUGGUGAUAAAACUAGCUAGGUUGCCUGCUACAGAGUGCCUUCAACUGUGUCAUCGGGUGGUGGAUGGACUCUGUGGGCAGGAGCCCCCUCGCAGGGGGGACUACGCCGCCACGUGGAGCCUGGAGGAAUGGCAGGAUCUCCUCAACUCUUUGUCAGCAGUCUUCCGCCGGGCAGUCGGCAACAACAGCUCAGAUGAGGAGGUACUCGCCGCGCUGCCAGAGAUGAGCAGGAGUCAUUCAGAGGCUGUGCUCCACGUGCUUAAAGCCAGAAAGGAAGACAUUCGGCACGCUCUGCUUGAUGGAACUAACUCCAUCACUUCUGCUACGCUACAAGACUUUGACUGGCAGCUUAAGUUGGCGCUGUCCAGUGACAAGAUCUCGUCUCUUCAGACUCCCCUGCUCAGCCUCAGUCUGGACAUAAGAGAGAACGGGACCUUCAAGCCCAUCACCGUGGAGACAAACAAAGAGGAGCUUACUACACUGAUUAGUUCACUAGAGGCGGCUAAUAAGGUGGUCCUACAAUUGACAAACACUGAAAAUAUUGUAGAGCACUGAUCCUCCUCACACGUCCGACGUGGAACAUCAGUCAAGGGAGAGAACCUGACUCACGAGCUGAGGAAUGAACAUCUAGAGGUCCAGUUUAGCAAAUAAGCUAGGUACAUUUAAAUACCGUGGCUGUCCGUGUCCAGACUCAUGGGAAGAUGUUGCCUUGCUGACAGUCGGGUGAGAGGUCAGGGCUCUUGGUAUUUGCUUGUCAAGAAAUACAUGUUUAAUACAUGUUUGCAAUAUACAUUCCCCCUUCAAUAAAUAUUGUGCUAUGAAAAAAAUCA